AUGCAAGAUCCGCGUGAGUCGCCCGCGAUCGCGACUUCCUGUUCGAGCGCGCGUUCGUCGCCAUCUACGACCCGCAGGCGGAUGUCGCGCAGAUCUGGCUCGCCCUCGCCAAGACGUGUUCGCUCCGGCUCGCGAGCAAAGCAGGCAGAGAUUCCCCCCUCCGCGCUCGGUAGCGGCCUCGAUGGAUGGUCCAUUUACAUUGAUCUUAAUAGCGAUCGAGUAAACCUGCGACAACAUCGCGGCACGACGCUCUCGGCCGCUCCACACUUGGGCCCACAGGCAAGACAUGCACCGGUUCCCGCGCUGGACCCUCGCCUCCUCGACAUCGUUCGGGUCGGCACGAUCCACGAGGUCCUCCUCCACCAGGCCCGCGGAGGUCCUGACCAUGAUCCGCCAGCGCACAUUGGUACACGUCGAUGCGCCUCGUGCCACACACCAUGCGCACCACAUCGUAUGCUCCUUCAGAUGCGCACGUAG